UUCUUGAACUUUUAACCAACACUAACUUUGUUCAAAGGGAAAUUUGACAUGUUUGACAUUGUCAGAAAGAAAUUUAUUGCUUGUUGCAAAGUGGCGUAAGUUUUGUAUUACAGCAUGGCGUUUGAUAUUCUAAUACGGCCUGUUCGGUGGCAAUUUAAGCAAAUUUAUACGUAUGGAAAAUUAAUUAAAAUUCACUUUAAUUGUUUGGGAUGUAAUAGCGUGGUUGGAAAACAAUUUUUAGUCACAGAUUCUGGCAGAAUACGUUAUGGUACGAAUCCGCAGAAUGGAUAUUGGACAUUGACGUCAGCUGUUCUUGGACUGGGUGUAGGGUUAGGUUAUUGGUUUCAAAGUGAUAAUUUAAGGAACUUGAAUUUCUUGCCAGUGAUAGAAGCAGCAAAGCCAGUGGAUCAAAAUGUCGAAGCAGUAGGAAGUUCAGAUAAAGUUGGAUUAAGAUCCAGACAUAAUUUUAUAGCAGAUGUUGUUGAAACUGUGGCACCAAGUACAGUAUACAUUGAAAUCAAGGAUACUAAAAGGUUAGAUUUUUUUACAGGUCAACCUGCCAGUGCUUCAAAUGGCUCAGGUUUCAUAGUGAGAGAAGAUGGCUUGAUUUUAACAAAUGCCCAUGUUGUGAUCGGCAAACCUCACAGUAAAGUGCAAGUGAAACUCUUUGAUGGAAGAACAUUUAUUGGUGUUGUGGAAGAUGUGGAUUUGAGAUCAGAUUUGGCUACGAUCCGUAUCCCUUGUCAUGAUCUUCCUGUGGUGAAACUAGGUUCAUCACGUGCAGUGAGACCUGGGGAGUUUGUGGUGGCAAUUGGGAGCCCAUUAGCACUGUCAAAUACUGUUACAGCAGGCGUGAUAAGCUCUGUGAAUCGGCCAAGCAAGGAACUUGGUCUGAAAGGCAAGGAUAUGGACUAUAUCCAGACUGAUGCAUCCAUUACGUUUGGGAAUUCUGGAGGUCCACUGGUGAACCUGGAUGGGGAAGUGAUUGGCAUUAAUGCAAUGAAGGUUACAGCUGGUAUCUCAUUUGCAAUACCUGUAGAUUAUGCCAAGAAUUUCCUGCAGAAAACUGAGGAAAGACGCAAAGCUGGAGGUUCUGUGUAUCCUACAGCCCAGCGACGCUACAUGGGUAUCACAAUGCUCACAUUGACACCACAAAUAAUUCAUGAGUUACAGGCUCGUAACCAUCAACUUCCAGUAGAUGUCACUCAUGGUGUGCUUGUUUGGAAGGUUGUCAUUGGUUCUCCUGCUUAUAUGGGAGGAUUGAAACCUGGAGACAUCGUGACACAUGUGAAUGGUUCCCCUGUGCAUGCAGCAAGCAACAUUUAUCAAGCACUAGAUUCUGGUCAGCCUUUGAAGAUGAUCGUGGUUAGAGGAACCCAGCGGUUACAAGUUAACAUAAUCCCAGAAGAUGGCUAAGAUAAUGUGUGUUCAUUUCCUGGUAAUAUAUGGAGUGGAAAUAAAAAAUAAAUAAAUCUGUUGUAUUCUGUUCUUUA